AUGUCAGGGCCAUCAAAUGCUCCUAAACAAAAAAUAGAAAAUAUACCAGGCCCAUUUAAAGUGGCUUACCAAAAAAGAAAAUAUUCUGCUAAAAGGAACAACAGUGAAGCAUCGUCAGCAUGGAGAGAGAUAUGUUCUCUGUUAAAGGAGAAUUUCGAAGAUAUGGAACAAAAGGAGAGGCAGGCUUUUGGUAAGCUGAUUUUAAAAAAGUGGACAUACAUUCGAGACUCGUGGAUGAAAGCAUUGAAAAAACAUAAAGACCAAAAAACAAGUGGCACAUCGACCAAACCUUCAAGACUUUAUAUAUAUAAUGAGCAGAUUUGUAAGGUCUCGGGAUAUGUCCGGUUGUAG